AUGCCUUCUAGGAAUUGGACAAAAAGUUCGAUCUUCCAAAAAUGUGUACCGGGAAGUACCAACCCUUCUGAACCAUCUUUGGAGGUGACCGCUAAGAGUAAAAGCGGUAGGUCAGGUGAAGUCAAGACUUGCGCUUCCCAUAUGAACAAGAUAUACGGUUUUGCUACUUUGAUCAGAAACCAUAAUCGACAUAAUCCAGAAGAUCCCAGUGAUUUGAGUAUCUUCAUAUCCCAAGGGAGGAACGGCAAUGGGGAACAAUUAAAUUGGACACUUGCGGACUCUUCUAGACGUUCGGUACCAACUUUGGACAAAGAUAGUCGACAGAGUCUUUCGGACGCGAUGACUACGUUGAAAGCAUUCGAUAGGAAGCUUGAAUCUUCAGCUGUGCAACUUGCCGAGCGAAGUUUGUGGAAUGCUGAUCUCACAAGGGAGGAUAAGAGGAUUUACGCCGAGGUCAUUUGUGAAUGGGCAUUGGAAAGAUCUGCUCCAGCAUCCUUGAAAGAUAAAGUGACUACCUUCCGUCCAUCGAUCAGGGCUGAUAUCUCCGUUGAUCGAUCUUUAUGGGAUGGAGGUCACUCGUACAAAAGUUUACACAACAAUCGAAGCUACACUCCGAGAGAGGUGAGGGAGUUGCAACAAAGGAGGAGAUCCAGUGAUGCCUCUGCAAUGGCAGCGGGUAGCGACCUUCUCAUUGGAUCGCUUCAAGGUCAAGGUCAGGCUGAUACUUCUUCCGAUGAUGAGGAUCGAUCGACGCUGGAACACAGUGUCACAUCUCUCUUUGAUUGA